UAGCAUGAAUGCAAUGACGGAAAGUAAAACUGUUACAGUUUUGCUUUCCGCUGCCUCUGCUUUUAGUUUAAAAGUUGUAGUAAAUUCGCGGCCAUCAAGUACUGGAGAUCCCGCCAAGAAGUAGACGAGGCGGGAACGGCCAUGUGAGCAGUUGGUGGUCGACAAUGCUUCUCGUUUCUUUCGAAUUUUAACUUGUUUUUUAUCACUAUCAGUGCAUCAUUUCGUCCCAGGAUGAUCAUGAAGUGUGCAGGAUUUGAAGCUAUGUUGUCAGUGCGUUUCCGGUCUCGGGAACUGGGUAUUUUUGCGUGGCCCACAUUUGCGGAGGUCACAAUGGCCUCCUCUUCACAUGGCGUCGGCUACAAUCAGAAAUCGUCCGUAACAUUUGUUAUGAGAAUUUUGGGCCUUAAAGAAUGCUGAACAUAUCGAGAUUAAGAAAGGACCAAUAGCCGAAAAGUGAUUAACAGGCAAUUAUUAAAGCAUUGUCCCCGCUCUUCAGGGAAACGCUGACCGGAAGUAAUCAUUUGAUUGUGUUGAAAUGUACAACAGGUGGCAUGGGAAACUAGCGCCUUGUCGCUUGAAGCUGCAUCGAAGAUUUGUAUUUGUCCUGGGACAUCAUCUGCUCCUACUUAAUGGAUACUCAAGAUAUUAGGAGAAGAUCAGGUUCCCAGCAGAAUGCAAUUUAGGCAAAUCAUAUUUACCUCGAGAAAGCCUAACAGAAACGAUGCAGCUUCAAAAACUCCUAACUUAAACCUGGUGACGUUUUACAUGACGUCUGUAACGAGGCCUAAGGAGGCCUAUGGAUGUCCUCUAUAAAAGCUCCGCCCCCGAAGGCCAUCUUCACCAGUGACCAGCCAGCCAUGAAGAGUCUAGUGGUAUGCCUACUCAUUGCCGUGGCUUGUGCUGCUCCUAAGCACAAACCCAAGUUUAGGAAAGGCUUGAACAGGAUCAUAGGAGGCGAAGAAGCUCGACCCGGAGAAUUCCCUUACCAGCUGAGCUUCCAAGAAGUCCUCUACGGCUCCAGCUACCACUUCUGCGGCGCCUCCAUCUACAGCGAGAACUGGGCCAUCUGCGCUGCCCAUUGCGUCCAGGGGGAAGACUUCGAGCACCCGGAUAACCUCAGGGUUGUCGCUGGGGAACACAGCUUCGACCUGGCAGAGGGCAACGAGCAGACCAUCGUCCUGUCUAAGAUCAUCCAACAUGAGAACUACGACCCAGACAAGAUCAGCAACGACGUGUCACUCCUGCGCCUCUCGGAGCCUCUGGUCUUCAACGACUUCGUUCAGCCCGUCGCCCUCCCCGCGCAAGGGCACGUAGCCACCGGCGACUGCAUCGUCACCGGCUGGGGCACGACGAAUGAGGGAGGAACUAUACCGUCUACUCUCCGCAAGGUGACUGUGCCCCUCGUCUUGGAUGAGGUGUGUCGGAAGGAUUACGGUCAAGAGGAGAUAGUCGAUUCCAUGCUCUGCGCAGGCGUCGAAUCAGGGGGCAAGGACGCCUGUCAGGGAGACUCUGGGGGACCUCUAGUCUGUUCUGACGGUGGGUCGCAGUACCUGGCUGGUAUUGUGUCCUGGGGCUACGGCUGUGGGAAUCCUAAUUACCCAGGUGUUUACACAGAAGUGGCAUACUUCGUGGACUGGAUCACUUCCCAUGCAGUCUAAAGGCUUCCUGGGUAUUUUAUUGGCUAAUGAAACUUGUUCAUAAUAAAAUUCUCCCUGACCUGACCUAAAAACUUGUCAAAACUUAUAAUUUCCAUUGAUACAAUGUUUUUACUUUUUU